CGCAAACACUCAUGACAAGUAUAUUACUUGACACCUUGGUGGAGGAUCUCGAGGGACCUCUUCGCGAGUUCCUUGGGGCCAAUCCGGAGCUUCGAGAGGUAUCAGAGUCUUUUCUUCAUGACUUGCUCGUAAAUGACGACCUUCUAUCGACAGACACGUUUACCACAUCUUCAGAGUCCACCCGCAACAAGACAUUAACAGAAGAAAUUGCCGAGUUGGACGACUCACUGCGGGUAGCCAAUCGCCGCUUGGCCCAGAUAUCCAACGAUAAUAGGGACUUGAUUAUACGCGUGAGCCAGGACUUGAAACAUAUAAACCAGUCGAUUACGCUGGAGAUGAAAACACAGGUUGAAUCAAUGAUCAAGGGGUUGAAGGCUGACGAUAAGCGGUUACAUGUACCAGCCAAUGACCAGUUGACGGCAGCAAUGGAGACAAACAGCUCUAUUUUGUCGAAUAUAGACUCCAUUUUGGACUUACUUGAGUUGCCCACCUUGUGUAAGAUUUGUAUUUUGCAAGGGAACUAUCAAGAGGCAUUGGAAAUAUCCAUCUUGUCAAGGAACCUCACAAUCCGUUUCCCCAAGUUGCCAAUUUUUUCGAAGAUUUAUGAACAGAUAAAGGUGGAAUUGAAGUUAAUGGUGAAGAACUUGAUUAAGUUGUUGAAUACCAACUUGAGACAGAACAACCUAAUUAAAAUCUUCAAUAUCUUGAGCAAACUAGACUUGUUGAAUUUUAGACAGUCUGAUAUCAUCAGCUCCUCCAACUCGGCGGAAAGAACCCGGUUCUUGAAACUCUUAUACUUUAAUUCACGGUAUAAGUAUAUCAUCAACGAGACCAGUAACCUCAUGCCGUUGAUCAAGUUCAACCGGUUCUCUUACUUAAAACGUUUCAUUGAGGUUUACAGAAGUGAAGUAUACCACUCGUUGUCGAUGUUCUACACCAUCAUUAAUCAUUCACUUAACUUGGAAUCAAAUGAGAAGGAAGACAAUUUACUUAUAAACCAAUUCGUGAAAAACCUUGCAUACCACCUAAUUAACGAGCUAAAACUACACUUACAUCAGCUUUCUAUUGAAUCCAAGCAAUCUGAUGACCCUGAUAAGAAACUGGAUUUCAGCACUCAAAUAGAUGGGCUUAUUUUGCAAAUCAUAUACUUGUGCAAGUCUCUUGCGAAGUAUCAUCAGAGCUUUGAAAACAUUAUUGUUUGGGAAUUAUGCUAUAAUUCCAAAGAGACUUUGAUCUCCGAAGCCGACUGGCUUGCCAACGUCUCAAAAGUCAAAAAGCUCAAAGCUUAGCUUCAUACUAUAGUUGUACAUUAAAAUUACAUUCUUAAGAUAAAGUGUUGAACCCGAACAAGAAACCCAAAUCUCUUCUGCUCAACCUGCUGACAGACUUCAUACCAUUCUCGUCCAAUGCAGCAUUGAUGAGUUCUUUCUUUUUGUUUUGAAGAGCAAUGAUCCUCUCUUCAACAGUCCCUUGGAUCAAGAUUCUAUACACAUGGACAUCUCUUGUCUGGCCGAUUCUAUGAGCUCUAUCCAUAGCUUGUUCUUCAACAUAUGGGUUCCAGAACGGAUCAGAUAUGAUGACAUGGGAGGCACAGUUCAAUGUUAACCCUACAUUACCAGCCUUUAAAGAUGUUAACAUAACCUUGUAUCUGUGGUUCUGGUAGAACUCCUUGAUGGUCAAAUCCUUCUUUUCAAUAGACAUAGUACCAUCGUAUCGAAGGAAAGGAAUUCCAGCUUUACUGAACAUGAUCUUCAAUAAAUCGAAAAAGGUGGUGAACAGGGAAAACACUAUAAUCUUCUCUCCAGGAUAGUUCUCAAAUAUGCUGGUCACCACCCGUAAGAUCUCUUCCAUCUUGGUGGAAUAUGUAAAUCCCUGGUGCUUGACGAUCAACUUCUUGAUCUUUUCUUGAACAACCAAUUUGCCUUUGAAACUGUCCUCGAUAAUGCAUUGGAUGUCAUACCGAGAUUUCUGCUCAAUAUAUCUCAUGUAGAACAUUCUAUAAUCAAUAAA